AUUGUAAAGUGGUUACAGUGGUCACAAUACGACAUGGUUUGGAUUUGGAGCCUAAUUGCACUCGGAAUAGUUGUUGGCGCAACGGGGGAGAAUGGGAGUAAACCGAAUACCACCGAACCGACAACGACGGCGCCAUCCUCACGAACUCCUGAAACAACUACUGUGAGUCCCUACACUGCACUCGAUAAGACAAUAACCGAUGAUCUUCAGAAUAUUCUAACCACAUAUGAGCGUGAAUGCAUUGGUAAUUCUGAGUUCACACGUAAUCUUGACCUCAUACGCAUCGCGGUAAAAUGGGACCAGGGUCGUUUGAGAGAAAAGAUAGAAGCACGAAGAGACUUUGAUGUGUACAAUGAACAACGCAUUUUAAUUGAACGACAAAUUGAUGAGCGCAUAGAGGCCCUCAAUAAUAUCCUGCCUACCCAGGAACCGAAUAGUUAUUGCUCAGAAUUUUACUUGAAGCAAAGAGAAGCUCUUAGGAAUGCUAAAUCACUUUCGAAUCAAGAUAAAUCAAACACUUUAAUAAUUAACAAAGCAAUUUGCACUAUCAAUGAUAAUUAUAAUGAUUAUUUUCUUUACUAAUCAGCAAUCAGUCUAAGUGAAAAAAAUCUGAAAUGUAUUUACUUAUAUUUAUAACUCAAACCUAAUGAUUCAAAUAUAUAUAUGAUACUUGUGAG